GUGUUGAUUGAAUAUCCUGUGCUCCCGAUUAAAAGUCGAAAAGUAGCAAGUACGGCAAAAGCACUUGACAAAAUUCGCUGUAACUUAACUAACAGACAGUCAGAUAGUGGCAAACGGAUUUGAGCAGAGCACAUCACACGGACACUGCUGGACACUGUGCUAUUUUUAUUGCUACAGUAAUUGACUUGUGGUUGGCCUACAAUAUUUGUGUUGUGUUUACUCUGUACAAUCUGGUUCGCGAUCAGUUGCCGAAAACCGUCCGUCCUGUUUGUACCUAUCGAUUGCGCGAAAAUCCUCAAUGUUUCACAAGGAAGUUGAAUUUUCCGGUCACCAUUAGUGCCCUAGAUAAAUGUGCCAUAACAAUGCUGCAGGACCUCACAUAGUGCCCCUGUGAAGGGGCCCCCCGCCCCGCCCCCAUGCUGAUAAUGCCCUCCGUGCUGGAGGAGGUCGACGAUGCCUCCGACGUCUUCUCGACGCUCGUCGACGCGACCGGCAUCCCCCUGGCCCCCCCCAGUCCCCCCGCCAAGCCCCUGAAGACCCUGGGGGAGGUGCGCGCGCUGCUGCUCCAGGGGCGCAAGCAAGACGUCAAGCAGCUGCUGCGCAACAACCCCUGGCCGGUGAACAGCCCGCUGCGCAAAGAGCUGUGGCCGCUGUUGUGUAAGCAGCACCAGAACGGAAAGUCCAACUUUAUGGACGGGUUCUAUUGGGACAUGGUGAACCAGGUGUUUGGUACCACUGAGUUGCCUGACAAGUCGAUUAGUUUGCCGCCGUUCGUGGAACCUUCGCACUGCUUGUCUUAUUAUACCACGCACAAGGGGAGGAAUAUUACGGACAGGGUCGUGUCGGUUUUGGGGUACGCUUGCCCUGACAUUGUUUACAGUCCCACUAUUUACCCGAUUUGUGCGCUGUUGCUGCAUUUUAUGACAGAGGAGGAAUGUUACCAUUGCAUGGCGAGUCUGGUGGCAUCAAAAGAAAAGACAUUCAUCACGCAAACGAAACUACUGUACGAGGUCACGUGGAAGACUGUCAUGCAGAUUUGCAAAAAACACGUGAAAUCGGCGGCCAUCCACCUGCAAAGACACUACCCGAGCAACAGGUCGGAAAAGCUCUACAUGGACUGGAUAUGGUGGAUUUUCCAGGGCCUGCCCUUCCCCCACCUCGUCAGGGUGAUGGACUGUUUUUUCCACGAAGGCGUCAAGGUGCUGUACAGGACGGCAAUGGCCAUCCUGAUCCUCUUCCACAAAAGUUCGUCCUCAUCGUCUUCGGAAUGGCUGGCCGAAAUCCAGAAGAACGGAGUGGAUAGCGCUCUCGCCAAAUUCUGCAAAGAGAUGCCAGUGUCCCCACAAAAAGUGCUCAAGGUGGCCUUCGGCAUCAGGGGUCUGAGCUCGUCGUACAUCUCGCGGGUGUUCCUCAAGACGGAGAUGAUCCUCAAGAGCAAGAACGUAGUGAACGGGUCACGGCAACUGGUGCGAUCGAGGUCCAAUGAGAAUCUGCCCAACAGCCAGAGCCAGAACAACAUACAGAUGGUGUCGCACACGCUGACCAUCAGAGAGCUCCUCACUCUGUGGUCGUGGCUACCUGUGAGAAUUACGAUGUACCAGCCGAUUUUACUGUACACAACCGAAGAACACGGAUGUUCGCUGACAACGUUCUACGUCAGGGUGGAACAGCACGAACCUACCCUACUCAUGAUAAAAACGUGCAACAACGAGGUGUUCGGAGCUUAUUGUUCGUCUCGUUGGGGCGAGAGGAACGUCAAGGACGACAGGGGAAAUAGGCAGGCCUAUUUCGGCACGGGCGAGACGUUCCUGUUCUCCUUGUAUCCGGAAAGGGCCAAGUAUCCUUGGGUGGGGAUGGAGGGCGACAAGGUCCAACAUGGCGCCGAGCUGUUCAUGGCUGCCGAUUCCAAGAUGAUCACUAUAGGUGGCGGGGAGGGUCAAGCGAUAUGGAUGGACGAAAACAUCAGAUUCGGCAAAACCGACUCUUGUUCCACCUUCAACAAUCCACCACUAGUACCGGGACGCGAUUUCGAAAUACGAGUACUAGAAGUGUACGGUUUCGCGACAGAUCAACUGAGCUAGACAACGAUCCUCAUCGAACAAAAUUUUCUAAUUUAUAUAAAAUUAUAUAAUAUUAUAUAUCUGUAUGUUUUCACGUAGAAAAUGUAUGUGUAGAUUACAUUUCGGUAUGUCUUCGCGGAAGACGUACCUACGGAUCAUCUGCAUUCCACCAGUGCUUAAGCCAAUUUCGCGCUUUGAGUGUUGCAUAAUUGUGAUUCGGAAGUGGGAUUUUUUGGCCCGCUUCUGAAACUCGGCCGUUCGAAUCCGAACAAAUCUAACCUCAAAAUCGGGGGUCCGAGAUGACUCCGAGGUCUCCGGAUGACAUGUACUAGAUCUAGUCGUUGCAAUAGCGCAUUUUAGAGUUUAUGUUUGAAUUUAAACAUCGUUUAUUGUAUAUUUUAAAUUAUAUAUUAUUCUAGUUAUUUUGUAUAUAUUACAUGACUUAGUUGUAUAUUUUAUGGUUUUGUGAAGGUGAUCUGGAGAAUUCUUGGUAUUUUUCGGGUCGUCCUGUUACAACUUUGACGUUGCUUUGUGCAUUAUGUUGUGCCAAAAUUAGUUUUGGGCAUCAGGAGUAUUAUUUAGAUUUUUUUGUGGAUCACAGUAUUUAGAGUCGUCUUAUCUUUUUAUUAUUAUUUAGCCAAAUUGUGAAGAGUUUAUUUCAUUGACUGAUUUUUUUUUAUCCAAUCACUAAAUGUUUCUUAUGGUAACAUGUGUUCUGAAGUUUAGACUUUCCAAAUUAGAAUUUGAGAUUGUAAUUUGUAAUCUUCCACUUUGCUCAUUUUUGCAUAUCAUUUAGAAACAUUACAUUUGUUCAACUCUGGCAUCACAGAAUUGUAAGUUUUCUACACUGUUAUAAUCAUGAACCAUUACAAUACAUCACAAAUUGAAAAAAAAAAAAGUUCCAGUAGGCAAGAACAAGUGAUCUCAAUUUCCUGUAGUAUUAGAACGAUUUUUGAGGAAAAAUGUCUAUAGUGAAGUGUUAUUACACUCAAAGUUGAAGAAAAAGAGUUUGUUCCAGAAAUUAUGUUGCUGUUAAGUUUGUUGAAUUGUGUGAUUCUUAAUUUUUUGUUGAUUUUACUAUUAUUAGCAGAUCUAGAUUUUAUUCUAUUUAAAAUGUUAUCUAAACAUGAGUACAAAAACAUACAUAUUUGAAUGUAUUUCGUCAAUAUUAUAGUGUUAUUUACAAAAUCAACAGAAAAAGUGUUAUAUAAAGUUGAUUACCUUAUUUCAUGAUUGGAGCAGAUAUAAAAAAUUUUUUUGCAAUUUGAUGAAUUCCUUCUCAUUCUUUCUUUUAUUUUUGUUUCUGCAAACUGAAAAUCAGGCGGCCAUGUCAAUUAUUUCUUCAGUGCAUUUUAGAAUUUUCAUUUUGAAAACCUUGUCGUGAAAUAAGCGAGUUUGAAAUAAGUUCCUUGAUGUCAAAUAGCAGUGUUUAGAAUGUGAUGUUUUUAUUAUUAUUAUUAGUAUUCCAGCGAUAGAAUUUCUUAUCAUCAAUAUGCCAUCACUCUGUUUUAUCCCAACAGCACGUUUGUACAUUUUUCGAAUUAAGCUUUUUAUUGUGUAUGUAUUAUACAGAAAUAUAUAAUAGCUAUGUAAAAAUAUUUAAGUUAGCAAAUCCUUCAUAUUUAUUCUUCAGAUUCAGGCACCACUUGAAAUCGCAUGGAAAAAAUUGUAUGCUAUUCAAAUUUUGCAUGAUACAAAUAUGCCAGUGCUUCAAGUCAUUGAAAUUAUCACAAUAUAUACAUGAGUAAAAAAACCCAAGACUGCUCACGUCUCGGUAAUCUCAGGUUUUCUAUAAAUAUUCUACAUAAUUUUCUUCCAAAAAUGGCCAUAGCUUUUAGGGCUAUAAAAUUUUGGGAUUUUUGACUUUGACAUUGACCUCAUUUUGAGAGUGAAAAUGUUAGCACACAUUGGUGGCACUUAUUUUUUUACUGAAAACAAUUCAUAAUGAUUUUCCAAAAAAGUUUUCU